AUGAACACCGAUGAUGGAUCUGAUGCAAAAGUAAAUGAAGGCGGUACCUCGAAAGAUAAUCCUCCCUCCUCCUACAUUCCUAAUAACUUUACAUUACCGGGAUGGGGACUUCAAAGACUGCCAGUGAUUUCAUGUGAAGUUUCAACUUCACGCCCUCGCGCAAUUAUACCGGAAGUCAGAGCUAUUGUUACGGAAUUCCAAGUGCGUGGAAGAUCCAUUUAUCUCGGUCCUGCGACCUCGAGUGCAGUCUCUCAGCAAAUGCUCUCCGAGAGUAACGGGAAGCAGCGCGGAAAAGUGGAAGACAUUAUAAUUGAUCGAGAAAAAGAGAAUGUUGAAUUCGAUAAACCAGCUCUAGAACCAGUGGUUAUAGAACAAGACCUUCAGAAGGAUUUAGAACCGAUCACGCAGGAUCUGAGUCCCGCGCAGUCCCUAACCGCCUCUAUAAGACGUAGGAGAGCAAUUCAACAACGCAAAAAGACGGUUUUGCAGCAGCCGUCACAUAAUGGUGUGAAGUUCAAAUAUGUUCGUGUGAAGGAGGAUCUGUAUCCGCGAAGGGUAAGUGGUUCUGGGCGCAUCAAGUUAAUACCCAUGUUUCAGUUCCCGGAACGUGUCAUCAAUUGUGAUGAUAUCACUAUGAAGGGUAAUACCAUGGUGCUAUCUGAAAAGGUGUCGCAGGAUAUGUUGAAGCAUUGUGUACUUCUCGUCGAUCAUGACGAUUAUUUACUCAAUGAAGCUUCAUAUUUCACAACCCUGCCCACAAAGGGUCAGAGUUCAGGAAAAACCGGAUUUGAUUUGGUUAAGAAUCAUUUGAUCAAUGGAAGAUGGCUAUGGAUCACAAAAGAAGUCGGUGAUUGUCGGAGGAGUAUCAUGGUUGAGCGAACGGCUAAUCUCUAUGAUGCUCGAUUGAUGUACAUUAUGAGUGCGGAUACACUGCAAUAUACCAAUCGACUCGAACCUCUCCAAAGUUUUAUCAAGUCCAGCGGUCGGACUUGGGAUUCUUGGGAAGGAAGAAAUUAUCAGAUGAAAUUCCAUAUACCACUGAUACAGGAAAGGCUCUUCAGAUGGGUCCAUGGUUCACAGUACAUGAAGGGUGAUGGGGGUCCACUUGCGUGGAUUAAUUUUGGUGACAAUAAUGUUUUGGCCAAGUACCUCCGCCCAGAGAAUCAUAUAUAUCAUACCUACAAGACAGCACUCGCACUUGGAAAGAAGCCAGAUCUUUCUCCAGCUUUACCACCAUUAAGCUUGAGCGAUUCUGGUUAUCAGUCAAUCGAUUCAGUCCGUAUUUUCGGUAGAUCAUCGCAUUCUGAGCCUAUGCUUCAAGCUGAAGCCAAUCCAGUCGAUGAAUCUCAACCCGAAGCAUUGGUCAUCAAAUGGAGGCAUAAACCUGGAUGUGAGCUAGCAGGAGUCCCGGGAUUUUCGUGCCCAUGUCCAGGUCCUAGUAGUGGGGCAAGCCCGGAGCCGCCACAUGGCAACUCAAAUAACGCCAAAAGCCAUAAAAGUUGUCAAAUCUCUAUGAGUAAGCCUAACAACAAGAAACGCUUUGGUAAUAUCGGGAGUCGUGGCCGUAAGUUGUUAGGGCUGAAGUCACGUCAUGGACAGGACAACGAGAUCUCCAAGAGCGAUAUGUAG